AUGGUGAAACGGAGUAAAAAAAGCAAGAGUAAGAGAGUGACGUUGAAGCAGAAGCACAAGGUGAUAAGAAAGGUGAAAGAGCACCACAAGAAGAAGGCAAAGGAUGCUAAGAAACUCAACCAUAACCGCAAGCCAAGAGCUGAGAAGGAUCCAGGUAUCCCCAAUGAUUGGCCUUUCAAGGAACAGGAGCUCAAGGCCUUAGAAGCUCGACGUGCCCGUGCUCUUGAAGAGAUUGAACAGAAGAAAAUCGCCCGCAAAGAAAGGGCCAAAAAGAGGAAGCUUGGUUUGGUUGAAGAUGAGGAUACCAAGACAGAAGAAGAAGAAGGAUAUGGAGAGGGGAAAAACGGAACUAGACUUGUCAAUAUUCGUGAUAACUCUGAGAGGGCUUUCCGCAAGGAGCUUGAGAAAGUUAUUGAAUUGUCUGACGUCAUUCUUGAGGUUCUUGAUGCACGUGAUCCCCUUGGCACGCGUUGUACCGGCAUGGAGGACAUGGUCUCGAAAGCUGGUCCCAAUAAGCACCGCGUGUUGAUUCUGAACAAGAUUGAUCUUGUUCCACGAGAAGCUGCUGAGAAAUGGCUUAAGUAUCUUAGGGAAGAAUCUCCAGCUGUUGCCUUCAAAUGUAGCACUCAGGAACAGAGAUCAAACUUGGGGUGGAAAUCAUCAAAGGCAUCAUCUAAACCAAGUAGUAUUUUGCAGACGAGUGAUUGUCUUGGAGCAGACACUCUUAUCAAAUUGCUGAAAAACUACUCGAGAAGUCAUGAGUUGAAAAAAUCUAUUACGGUUGGUAUUAUCGGACUGCCUAAUGUAGGGAAGAGUAGUCUUAUUAACAGUUUGAAGAGAGCUCAUGUUGUCAAUGUCGGUGCCACUCCUGGACUAACUAGGUCUCUGCAAGAGGUUCACUUGGACAAAAACGUCAAGUUAUUGGACUGUCCUGGUGUUGUGAUGCUCAAACCUUCAGCAAAUGAUGCUUCUAUAGCUCUCCGCAACUGUAAAAGAAUCGAGAAGUUGGAAGAUCCUGUUAGUCCAGUGAAUGAAAUUCUCAAGCUUUGUUCAACACAAAUGCUUGUGACUCUGUACAAAAUCCCUAGCUUCGAGGGAGUUGAUGAUUUUCUUUAUAAAGUUGCCACCGUAAGGGGUAAGCUUAAGAAGGGUGGUCUUGUGGAUAUAGAAGCUGCUGCAAGGAUUGUUUUACAUGACUGGAAUGAAGGUAAGAUUCCAUUCUAUACAAUGCCGCCAAAGAGGGACCAAGGUGAACACUCAGAGUUAAAGAUUGUGACCGAGUUGGCUAAGGAAUUCAACAUCGAUGAGGUUUACAGUGGCGAAUCCUCUUUUAUUGGGAGUUUGAAGACUGUUAACGAGUUCAACCCUGUUGAAAUUCCUUCGAAUACUCCUCUCAGUUUCGAUGAAACUAUGGUUGAGGAUGAGUCUAAGACUGAAGCAGAAGAAGAGGCUGGCAUUGACAGUAAUGAUAAUGAUGAGUCUAUGGGAGGGGAAGAGGAGCAGGAAGAAACAGGAAAGUCGAAAUCAGAGACGAGCAGGCAGAACAAGAAGCUAUACGCAGCUGACAGCAUGCUGAACACAAAAAUGCAGAAAGCAGAGAAGAAUAAGAGGAAGAAAGCUAAGAAAGCAUCAGGUGGUGAGGAUCCAAUGGACGGAGAUUAUGAUUUCAAAGUAGAUUACUCCAAGAACAAAGGUACAGACAUGGAUGAAGGAGAUGGAAUCCAAAUUGAUGCUAAAGUACCAAUGGCUGAACUACUUGAUUUGCCUGAAGAAUGAGUCAACUUAUUAGAACUAACAAACUUUUGUUUUCUAUUUAUUUGCUUUUAUGAUAAUUAUUUUGGUCUAGUAAUAUACUUUUGCACCACCAAGCAUUGAGAUUUGAUCUGCAAAUUCAGUAUUCAAACACAAAAGCC